GGACCGCAGGCCGCGUGGAGUAGCGGAAGAAGCCGAUUGCCCGUUGCUUUCAGGACAAAAGUGGGAACAAAGACUGCUUCUGAAGCCAUGAGUACAAAUAACCAGUGGGAUGUGAACAAAGCACUAACUCUUGCUAGCCUUUUCCAUUUUCUUUAUGGUGCAGGAAAUGCUUGUGCAAUCCCAUUUUUAACUCUGUACUUUCGACAGCUUGGGCUGACUGCACCACUAGUAGGGAUUAUAAUAGGACUCAAACACUUAAUCACUUCCCUUUGGGCCCCACUAUGUUCCUAUGUAGCAAAAACCCACAAUAAAAGGAAAGUAAUGAUCAGUGGAUCAUUACUGUGCUCAGUUGGAGCAGGUUUGCUGCUUACACUUAUCCCACCAGUGAGCAAAGAUAUUAUCUAUAAAUAUUGCAAUAUGAGCCAGCAUCCAGCUAAACAGUUGACUACAACCCAAGUGCCUGAUACAGAUGUAAACCAUCUGAGUGCAAUGAGUGGUAACCCUUUUCCUGAUAACAAAAUGUGGUCUACAGAAUCAUUUGGAAUGAUAUCAAAGGACCAAGAGUCUACUAGGAAACCAACAGUAAUGUAUACCUCAUUCAAAAUAAAAAAUAUAAAAAUCCCUUCUAUAAUAAACAAAGGUGACAGUGAUGUUGAUAUAAGUCCACGGCCAAUCAUAGAUGUUUCUUCUGGUGUGACAUCUGGUAUUUCUGGGAAAGACAUUUUUCCAGCAGAGCAAAAUUUGGAAAAAACUACUGCAAAUGGGCCUUUGAAAGUGCCAGCUGAUAUUAUGAUUAUCAAAGAAAAUGCUGACAAAAAUGGCUCAAGAAGAAAUAGUAACUUCACAUUUUAUACAGUCCCAUUACCUGUUACAGAGCUAUCUUAUGAACUGAAAAACCUGUCAGGACGCAGGGAAAGAGCACAAGAUAUAAGCUCUCAAUUACUUCAUGGCACUGACUUCUUGGACAGCGAGCAUCAGGUUUUCCUUAUGGUGUUAGGUGCUGUUGUCUUUUGGGAGCUUCUGGCUGCACCACUUGAGUGGAUGGUUGAUGAUAGUCUCUAUGAAUACCUUGACUUUGUUGAUGCUGCUGACAGAUAUGAGAACCUUUGGAUCUGGAGUUACUUAGGUUCAUCUCUGGGUGUCUGCAGCACAGCAAUAUUUGUGGAUCAACUGAAUUGCUUUUUGAAUACUAAUAUUCCACGUUUUGCAGUGCAUUUUUAUGGCUAUGCCUCGUUCAUGACACUGACAUUACUUGUCAGUGCCUUCUUUCCCAUUUAUGUGUCAAAAAAAAAUGAACACGUCAAUAAAACAGUCAAAGCUUUGAACCUCAUUGGGAGUGAUGGUCGAACCAUCCUGUCUGCUGUCACCGUCUUCCUCACAGGAGCUAUUGGGUCAACUGUGCAGAAUUUUCUUUUCUGGCAAAUGCAAGAUCAAGGCAGUCGUGAAUUAUUCAUGGGCCUCUCAGUGACUAUUGGACUAAUUGCUGAAAUCCUGCUCUACAUCUUCAAAAGCAAAUUACUAAAGGCUAUCUCGGGUAGUGGCACAGUGGCCUUGGGAUUAAGUUGCCUGGCAGCACAGCUGCUCUAUUAUUCUUUCCUCUGGAAUACCUGGGCUGUGCUGCCAAUCCAGAUCUUCUGUGCCUUCAGCAAUGGCGCUUUAUGGUGGGCAGUGAACAUGCUGGCAGAUGACAUUGCUACUCCUGGCACAGAAAGGUCUCUGCACUUGGUCCUUCAAGGCCUCUCUUGUGGAUGUGGAGCCAGUUUAGGUAGCUUUGCAGGAGGGUUUGUUGUGAACAGCUUUGGUUUAGCAAUGCUCUACAGAGCAUGUUCCAUUACCUUAAUACUAUGGCUAGUUUUGUUCUUGAUUGUCCAAUCCAAAUUACCACGACAGAAAAGGAUUAAUUAUUCCCGUCUCCUAGCUGCAGAUUCUAGUGAUAUGAGUGAUUCUGAUUAUGAUGAUAAUAAAGAAAGGGACUGGCUGGUAAAAGCUAUGAAAGAUGACAACUUUACUCGGAAUUGGUAAUAAUACUAGAUUUCAUCAGUCACUUCAUCAGAAAGUAGACUUCAGAGAAUUAAGGUGAAGUUUUUAGAAAUAAUCCACAUGGGAUCUGCAAGAAUGCAUUCUACUGGCAGUUGGAUUUUGUGAUGUACAUAUCUGCUCAGGAAAUUAUUAUAAAGAUUUUAUAAAGAUUUUAUUUUCUUAAGAUUAAUUUAUUGUACAUAUUUAUAACAAUUUUGGUUUUCUAAAAUGUUCAUUUUCAAAACUAGGGAAAGGGGGAUUUCAACAGAAAUACUGUGCGUUUUUUUCCACUAUGAGAAUUGUCCUUACAGAGGCUGCUUAAUCAUUUUUUAAACAAACAGAAUUCUUUGAACUUUAUAAAAUGCUUCCCCUCUUAUUUUUAAUCACAAUUAUAUAGUAGUUACUAUGAAAAAGAAUAUUUUGCUUGCUUUUCUUUUCUUUUUUUAAUUAAAGGUCAUUACAGAUAUUUCAAUAUUUUUGAAAACUGAGCUGUAAUUCUGGCAAACCAUCUAAUUCUUCAGGACAGUUUUUUUCUUAAAUCUAUAAGAUAUAUUUGAUCUAAUGUUUGAAAUGUUCAUACACUAAAAAAUUUUAAUUUUUCCCCCCAGUAGCUGAAAUGUGACCAUAAAGCCCUCAUGAACGAUAGAUUAGGGGUUGUAGAUUAGGAUGGUCACUUAUUCCUCUCCAAAAAGGAAGACAGACUUGCAUAGCGUUUGCACGUGCUAAUUUAUAUGUACACACUGCAAAUCUCACCAUAAUGAAUGAGUCUGCUGCUUAGGUGCUGAUGAUUUUAGCCACUGCUUUCUGUUUUUAUUGUUCUUUAAACCAGACUUGGUCUUCAAAUAGAAGAUUCUCCUCUAUAAAAUAUGGUCACAUAAGCAGUUUACACAUGAUUGUAACAUUCUAUCUUGCAUUAAUAAUAUUUACAGAAUUCUCAUGUUUUUAUAAAUCUUCAGGAUAUAUGUAAUAGAUUUUUUUGGUUUGUUUUUUUUGUUUUAUUCUUCUAGGAUAAAAUAGAACCUUUUGUAAGUAUCAGGUGUUUUGCGUAAAUACUCAGCUAUAAUACAAUCUGGUUUAACAGAUUUCAUUGUUUAGAUCAAGGAGGCAAUAAUAAAGUGCUCUGAGGGCUACAAACUCACAGUAAAGGACCUGAUUCUCAACAAGCUGUUUACUUAGAAAAUGCACUAUUACAGUAAUUGCCUUUGUAUGUUCAAUUACUGAAGAAUGGAAUAAAGUUUCAGAAGAAUGUUGUGAGAAUCAUGGGAAGAAAGAAGGUGAUCUUCCCAAUUUCACAGAAAUAAAUUCACAUGCAAUCUCCACAAGUUCUGCUCCCAUUUUGCAGUUAAUAGUAAACAUCACUUUAUUUUUCCAAGAAAAACUGUUACUGCUAACAAGUUACCUUUUCAUUGGAGGACGUUUGGCUUUUAGUUACAACAACACAAUAAAAAUCCAUCUGUAGAUCUUGGGAAUGGAAAUUGCUUGAGAGAUUUUACAAGUAUUUUUUAUUUUAUUUAAAAUCUUAUGUAUUUAGAAAAAGAAUGUAACUUGGAAAACUAGAAAUGAAUACAGGAAUUCCAUAUCUGGAAUUUGCAAUGUCAUAACUUACAAAAAUCACCCAUGGAAGAAGAAAAGGAAUGUUUAGAUUAGGGUUUCAUGGGUGGAAAGGUCUACCUCCUACUCAGCCUCACAUCCCAAAACAAACAAACAAACAUUCUGGAGUUGCUAUUAACCAUGAACACAAAAAUGUAUAAGCUCAAUUGAUUUUGUGAGGGGGAAUUUAAAUUGAUCAAUCUAUGGGCAUAGGUCUACCUCCUUUCAUAUUCUCAGCUUUUUUUUUUUUUUUAAAUAAGUCGCUUAUCGUGAUUUCAAAUUGUAAAUUCACUCAAUGCAAUAUGUAAGUUUUAUCAAGUAAUUUUAAAUGAAUUUUUGUAUGCAUGGUGGGCAUAAAUAUUGUCUACUUAGCUAAGAAUCUUAUUAGCUACAUCCUGUGUUUAUAAAAUAAUAGUUUCCUGUAUCUGGUAAAGGCCGAGGAAUACACUUUCUGGUCACUUACUAUAAAAAAUGUAAUUACUAGUACCAAAAUGAAAAAAAAAAAAAGUAUUAAUUUGCUAUACUGUGUUUUCAGUUUGGCAGAGAAUAAUAUAAUUUGGGGGGAGGUAUCAUGUAUACUUGUCAGUAAGAAAUAAAUCACAUUCCAGAUUGCCAGUGUAAGAGCUAUCUCUGGUUCAGAUUUAUUUUGUAAUGCACAGACUUUGUAAAUAGUAAAAUUGUACAAUGGAUUUAUUCUACUGCCAGAGUUGUUCUGAACUUUUAUUUUAAUCAAUGAUGAUCUUAAUAUUGCCUUUCCUAAAAAUCAAAGCCAAAACAUAUAACAGUAUUUGCCAUUAAAUAUAUUUGGAUCCCUAUCAGAUUAUUACAUAAUUACUAAAUGACUUGUUAAUAUGAUCAGGGAGCAGAAGAAAUGUAUUUAUAUGAACCACCAUGCCAUAUAUGUGCAAAUGAAAUUUUCCUACUGGGACUCUAUGUAUACGAUUCCUGUCAUUGGAGGUCUGAGUGCUGGCACUGUGGGACAUUAGGAUGCUGUCGGAGGAGCAGAUUUAUUUUGGCAAAUCUCUGCUGAUAAGAUGGAGAACAGACCUCAGUGUUUUUCCUGAAAAAUACUUAGCAAAACAAUAUACUUUGUCUUAGUAUGUACAUUUUAAACAAAUGGGAGAUAGUGAGCUUGUGUAGUCAAGAGUGUAGAUUGAUCCAAGAGAAAAAUCUGUUUUAAGGAUUCAAGUCUUCAUAUUUGGAGAUAACUUUUGCUCUUCCUGGCUAUGCCUAUAGAACAAUGGAGCAGCUGCCAAGUUGUCUGUAUACAGUAUGUAUAGUAACAUCCUUCUUUGGCAUAAUUGCACCAAAGUUGAUUUUUCUUGAUUAUAAUAUUGUACAAUAACAAAAAAUAAAACUCAGGAAUUGGUUUUAAAUAUAGGAUGAUUCAUGUGUUUAAUGGGUAAUCAUAGAAUAACUUUAGACAUGGGAUGGGUU